AUGCUGGGAUUGCAGGAAGGAAGAGUGUACAACACCAGCUACUCAAGAGCGAUUAACGAAGAGUAUCUGAAGUUGCCGAACAAUCUGCCAUCCCUAGACAGCGUUUACACGUAUUUUAGCACUUUUCUAAACGCGUACUCCUCUAGUUCACUACAGCAGGGAAAAUUAAAAAGGACGCUGCUGGAAAACCUGAAAAACAACAACUAUUUGUUGGAGCUGAAGCUGGACGACCUCUUUCAGUUCCAGAACGUGGUCGACGGCGCCACUGAGCGCGAGGAGGAUUCUAUGACAAAGCAGCUGCGAGAAGCGAACAACGAAGAGGCAAACAACCUGAAUCAAAACAAAUUGCCCUCAUUUUACGCUCAGGAGCUAGUUAAGGUUUUAACGGAGAGGCCGCUGAUAUACCUGUCCACAAUCGAGAGGGUGUGCUACGACGUAUGUAAACUGCAUCUAAACUCGUACAACGUCCAUGAGGAGAACGACAGCUUCAACUUCAUACAAAUUAACCUGCUGAACACGUUCUGUAAGCCCACGAAGAUAAGGAAGCUGCUCUCGAAUAAGCAGGAGAGGUUCGUGGUGGUGCCAGGAAUCAUAAUCCAGGCGAACAGAACGCAGCACAAGAUGAGGCUGUGCACAAUACAGUGCAGGUUCUGCGGCCAUAAAAUGAAGCUGGAGGUGCCGCUGUGGAUUUCGAAGCCGAACAUACCGAGAACGUGCAGGUACUCGAGCGCAAUAAAGAGCAUGGGAAACCAGAACGCAGAGCAGCAGCUGGGAUGCCUAUCGGCGCAGAACCCGUACGUGAUAGUGGUCAACGAGUGCCAGUUCGUGGACGUGCAAUCGCUGAAGAUCCAGGAGCUGGCGGAGGACGUGCCCACGGGGGACAUGCCCAGGCACCUGCAGUUAAACGUCACGCGUUACCUGUGCGACAAGGUGAUUCCGGGCGACCGUAUAUACGCCCAUGGAGUGCUCACGAACUACUCAAACACAAUCAACGGUUCGCAAACAGGCCUCAACAGUUCAUACCUCCACGUGCUGGGCAUACAGAAGCAGAAUGUAUCUGAAAGUUAUGAGUUUGAUAUUGACGAAACAAACGACUUAGUGUUGCUGGCGUCACAGCCGGACAUACAUGACCAAAUAUUCAAGUCAAUUGCACCAAGUCUGUAUGGUCUGGAGGACGUGAAAAAGGCGUGCGCGUGUGCUCUAUUUGGUGGGACGAGGAAGGAAAUAGGAAACGGAACUAAGCUACGUGGAGAUAUCAACGUCCUGAUUCUCGGUGACCCAUCAGUAGCAAAGUCGCAAGUACUCAAAUUCGUAGAUUACAUAGCUCCAAUAUCAGUGUACACAUCAGGUCUCACAGCGGCAGUGGUGAGAGACAGUAUGGGAGUGUUCUCACUGGAAGGAGGAGCAAUGGUGUUGGCAGACGGCGGAGUGGUGUGCGUGGACGAGUUUGAUAAAAUGAGGCCAGACGACGCAGUGGCAAUCCACGAAGCAAUGGAACAGCAGACAAUAAGUAUCAGCAAGGCAGGAAUCACCACUGUUCUGAACACGAGGUGCUCAGUGAUAGCAGCAGCAAACCCACUGCUAGGAUCAUACAACAACUAUCAGGACAACAGCGAACAGCACGACUUCAAAACUACUAUAUUAUCGAGAUUUGACUUGAUAUUCAUGUUAAAGGACGCCGAGGACGUCAAUCAUGAUAAAACACUGUGUAAACAUAUACUUUCAUUACAUAAUCAAAAUAAAAAAACAAUAACUGGGCCCAUAAGUGCAACUAAAUUGAGGAGAUUUAUCCAGUACAGUAAGCAAGUGGUGAAUCCAAUGUUGUCGAGCGAAGCAAAGGAUUCACUGAGGAACUACUAUGUUCAGAAAAGAAGAGAAUCCAGAGAAGAUAAGAGGUCGAACAUAAAAAAGAUACCAAUCACACUGAGACAAUUGGAGUCGCUGGUGAGAAUAUCAGAAAGCCUAGCAAGAAUGGAGCUGUCACCAAUAGCAACAGAAAAACAUGUGCAGAUGGCACUGCAGCUGUUUACAGCAUCGACAGGAGAGUCGAUGAAAAUGGUGUUAAAUGUCGAGUCGCUGUCGACAGAAGAUCAGAAAAAAGUUAAGACGUGCGAAGAGAUGAUACUGAUGAGGCUGAAGAAGGGACAGAGAAUAACGAGAAGGUUCCUGCUGAGCGAAUUACAGAAACAGUCAAUGCAGCUGCAAUACGCACAGCAAGCAAUCAGCGUGCUGAUAAAGAAGGGAGUCUUACAGGAAAGAGGAGACCUGUCGCUGCGAAGAGUAACCAACUGA